CGCGAUGGCUAGCGGCAGCGCUGGGAAGCCCACUGGCGAGGCGGCUUCUCCGGCUCCAGCGAGCGCCGUCGGCGGGGCUUGCUCGCAGCCCCGGAAGAGGCUGGUGUCUGUCUGCGACCACUGCAAGGGCAAGAUGCAGCUGGUGGCCGACCUGCUGCUGCUGUCGAGCGAGGCGCGGCCCGUGCUCUUCGAGGGCCCCGCCUCCUCUUGUGCCGGUGCCGAGUCCUUCGAGCAGUGCCGGGACACCAUCAUCGCGCGCACCAAGGGGCUCUCCAUCCUCACCCACGACGUGCAGAGCCAGCUCAACAUGGGCCGCUUUGGGGAAGCGGGGGACAGCCUGGUGGAGCUGGGCGACCUGGUGGUGUCCUUGACCGAGUGCUCCGCCCACGCGGCCUAUCUGGCGGCUGUAGCCACGCCGGGCGCGCAGCCCGCGCAGCCGGGCCUGGUGGACCGCUACCGCGUGACACGCUGCCGCCACGAGGUGGAGCAGGGCUGCGCAGUGCUGCGCGCCACCCCGCUGGCCGACUUGACCCCGCAGCUGCUGCUGGAGGUGUCGCAGGGCCUGUCGCGCAACCUCAAGUUCCUGACGGACGCGUGCGCCCUGGCCAGCGACAAGUCCCGGGACCGCUUUUCGCGCGAGCAGUUCAAGCUGGGCGUCAAGUGCAUGAGCACGAGCGCGUCGGCGCUGCUGGCCUGCGUGCGCGAGGUGAAGGCGGCGCCCAGCGAGCUGGCGCGGAGCCGCUGCGCGCUUUUCAGCGGGCCAUUGGUGCAGGCGGUUAGCGCACUGGUGGGCUUCGCCACCGAGCCGCAGUUCCUGGGUCGCGCGGCGGCCGUGAGCGCCGAGGGCAAGGCGGUGCAGACCGCCAUCCUCGGCGGCGCCAUGAGUGUGGUGUCGGCCUGCGUGCUCCUGACCCAGUGCCUCAGGGAUCUGGCGCAGCACCCCGACGGGGGCGCCAAGAUGUCGGACCACAGGGAGAGGCUGAGGAACUCGGCCUGCGCCGUGUCUGAAGGCUGCACCCUGCUAUCUCAGGCUUUAAGGGAGAGGUCUUCGCCCAGGACUUUACCGCCAGUGAAUUCCAAUUCUGUGAAUUAGCACCCUCCCACCCUUAUCCCAUUCUUCCACCCCCCCAGGCUAAAGGAAGAUACUUAUUCUCUGCCCCUCUCCAUUUAUACCAAAGAAAUCAAAAGUGAACUCCCCCACCCCAUGUUAAAUGCUCGAGAGGAAUCUUCCAGAAGGCAGGGCCAUGCAGACCAUUUACACGCGCACUCGCACUCGGAGGGCCCCCGGUGCCCAGCAGCCCACGCCGGGAGAUGGAAGAUGUGUCAUCUGCUGGGUGCGGUAUUACCCCUGCCCCCUACCCCGGCUCCUCUUCCGGAAUUCCUCCACUAAAUUUUAUUAUUAAUUGGGCAGGAAGGAGGUCAUGGGUUCAUUUCUUUUUUGGUCUUUUUUUUUUUUUCCCCUAAUUAAGAGAAAGGUUACCUCAGUUUUCACUCCUUAGACAUGGAUGUAGCUACCUUUUUUGUAUGUUGUUUUUUUUUUUAAGCAAUCGUGAUGGGUUAGGCGUAUACUUGGUGUGGAAAGAGUAUGACUUUGCCAUGUGAUUUGCAAAUGGGGGGAAAAGCUACUGUGAGUGUGUGUUUUAUAUUUUAAUUUACACUAUAGAAUGAUUUCCCCCCCGCCCCAUGUCAAGUUUUUACCUUGCAUGUACUGGAGUAUUUAUUUCAUCUAUUAAUAAAAUGUUA